AAAGUUUAGAACCUUUAAAGGAACAACAACCAAAUAGAGAUAAAAUGAAAUUCCUCAUUGUUUUUGCUGCUGUGUGCGCCGUUGUACUGGCUGCUCCAGCUCCCGAUGAGCAUGCUGAAAUCUUAAAGGUACAAUCCAAGGUUGAACAUGAUGGAUAUUCAUAUGAUGCUGAGACCAGCGAUGGUACUGUACGCCACGAAGAGGGUAAAGUGAAGGAUUAUGGCUCCGAUCAUGCUGCCAUUGUUGUUCAUGGUUCAUUCGCCUGGAAGGAUCAUCAUGAUGGCAAGGUCUACACUGUUAACUAUGUUGCUGAUGAACAUGGUUUCCAACCUACUGGUGAACAUUUGCCUCAAAUUCCCCAUAAUGUUCACUAAACGAUGAGGAUUUCACUUCACGUUUACGAAAUAAAAAAGCAUUUGAGUUAA